CAGCAGAAACGCCAGUCAUUGACGGAGCUGCAGACAAACAGCAGAACGCGCUGACGAGCUAAACGCGAUGGAAUUACUCAGAAGGGGAUGGAUGGGGACAAACAGGCAUCAUAAAUGUUAUCUCUGACUCUGAAGAUGAUUAUUAAAUGUGUUUUUCACGGACACGCAAAUCUUCGCUAUUCAGGAUGUUGUGGAUUGUGCUUUUUCUUCAUUUCUACUUUCCAUUUAAGGUGUGCUUUUUCUAUGGGUCUGAGUACAAUACACGGUCGUUUUAAACGCGUCGGGUGAUGGCUAUAAUAGACGAGGAACAUUGCGCUUCUUGGGAAUACGGAUUGUUUGUAUAUAUGCCAGAUACUGAAGCACGAUCAUGUUGGUGUGACUGUAUGUUGUGAUCCGAUCGGAUAUUUAUCGGGAUUUAUUGAUCGAUGGAUGAUCAAUCUGAGUGUGAUGAUGACCAGGAGAGCAGAACACCCCCUUACACCUUCACAGUCGAAACCACAUCACCUGACAGCUCAAUUGAAUGGAUUACAGAUUAUUUAGAUCAGACUUUUUAUACACACAAACGGAUUACUGACUGAUGACACCUUAUAGUACACAGAAUUUCUCAUCAUUUUCCCUCUGUUUCUCCGAGUAUUUUUAUUUAUUUAUUUUUUUACAGAUAACAGCAUGAUAACGGUUUGACAUAAGCAUUCACUGGAGCUCUUCACUAAAUGUAAGUUAAGUACUCAUAAAAGACUGAGAGUUUGAUGUUAAUAUCACAUUGUUUUUUAAUUAUGAUGUUAUCUUUAAUUAGUAUUAAUUAUUAUUCAGAUACAGGAAUUUUACUCUGUGUGUGUGUGUGUUUCAAAUAUUGAAAGCCAAAGAAAAUUAUGGACAAAAAAAAAAAAAAGAAGAAGAAGAAAAAAAAAAGAAAAUACAUAACUGAAACAGUCACUGUUUACCAUUCGUGUAUCAAGAAAAAAAGUUAACCUCUGAAUUAUAUAAACUUUUGAAGUGGAGAGAGGCCACCCAGAUAAAAAAAAAAUAAAUAAAAAAAAAUAAAAAAAAAAGGAUUAUUCUAGCCACCAAAAAAAAUACAUAAAAAUGUUGUGGACAGUGGCUUGGAGGUCCAUAGGUUUCCAUGUAUUUUUAGCAACUCUUCUAGCAGUGGGAGCUGCAUUCUCUAGAGACUUAAAUGCUUCAGAGAAAAAUAUUUUUAGUGACUUUGGGCAGUUCCAGCUCAAAGUGAACCGGCCACCAGAACUACGGAAACUCCAAGCCACUAAUCUUCACCCUAACUUAUACUUUAGCCAAGACGAUGUACCACUGUUGAGACAAAGGUCAACUACAACCCAUAGCCACAUUUUUAAAGUCAUCCGGGCAGCCGUGUUGACUAUGCUGUCCAAUGGCCCGCUCUACAUGCCACCCGCCAAGCAUGAUGAGUUCACCAGAAAGUGGAACGAGAUUUUUGGCAACAACCUCCCUCCUCUGGCUCUCUACUGUUUACUGUAUCCUGAGGACACUGCUGCCAUACAGUUCCUUGUUAGGUUUAUGGACCGUAUGUUAGAAUAUCCAGACUGGAAAGUAAGCAGUGCACCUAAUAACGAAGUACCAAUGGCUCAUUCACUUACUGGAUUUGCUACUGCUUUUGACUUUAGUUACUCAAUCCUUGAUCAACAGCGCCGGGACCUGUACCUAAAGAGAAUACAUGCUGAAACCGAAGAGCUCUAUGAGAUGUCAAAGUACAGGGGCUGGGGGAAACAAUUUCUACAAAACCAUCAAACCACUAACAUUGUAGCAAUUCUGACUGGUGCUAUAGUUGUGGGUGCACAUGGUGACAUUGAGUCGAUGGUUUGGAAACAGGUCUCUGUAAAUUACAUGGAGAAGACAAUGUUUUUGUUAAAUCAUGUUGUCGAUGGCUCUCUGGAUGAGGGCGUGGCAUACGGGAGUUACACAGCAAAGUCAGUCACGCAGUAUGUUUUCUUAGCCCAGCGCCACUUCAACGUAGACAACACACAGAACAACUGGCUACGUACUCAUUUCUGGUUUUACUAUGCCACCUUACUGCCAGGGUUUCAGAGAACAGUUGGUAUAGGAGACUCAAACUACAACUGGUUCUAUGGACCAGAGAGCCAAUUAGUCUUUUUAGAUUCAUUUGUGAUGAAAAAUGGGUCGGGGAACUGGCUAGCACAGCAGAUAAGAAAGCAUAGACCCAAAGAUGGUCCCAUGGGUCAGUCUUUUGCCCAGCGCUGGACGACUCUUCACACAGAGUUUAUCUGGUAUAAUGCCAGCCUUACGCCACAACCCCCAUAUGGCUACAAUCAAGCUAAAAUGCACAUAUUCACCAACUGGGGUGUUGUAACUUAUGGGGCGGCUUUACCUAAUGCUCAGGGCAACACCUUUGUCUCAUUUAAAUCUGGAAAGCUGGGAGGUCGGGCAGUGUUUGACAUUGUCCAUGCUAAGACUUACUCAUGGGUGGAUGGCUGGAACAGCUUUAACCCUGGCCAUGAGCACCCAGACCAAAACUCAUUUACUUUUGCUCCUAAUGGUCAAGUAUUUGUUUCUGAGGCUUUAUAUGGCCCCAAACUCAGCUACUUAAACAAUGUUUUAGUGUUCAGUCCUUCCCCAACAAGCCAGUGUAAUGCCCCAUGGGAAGGACAACUCGGCGAAUGUUCCAAAUGGCUGCGCUGGACUGACGAAGGGGUUGGAGACUCCUCAGGAGAGGUGAUUGCUGCCUCCACCCAUGGAGACACUAUGUUUGUAAGUGGGGAGGCGGUCGCAGCAUAUUCCUCAGCGAUGAGACUGAAGAGUGUGUACCGAGCACUGGUUCUCCUAAACUCACAGACUCUUCUGGUAGUCGACCAUGUUGAGAAAUGGGACGACUCACCACUGAACACUGUCAGUGCAUUCUUUCAUAACCUGGACAUUGACUUUAAGUAUGUGCCCCAUAAGGUCAUGGACAGGUACAAUGGGGCAUUAAUGGAUGUCUGGGAUGCUCAUUACAAAAUGUUCUGGUUCGAUAGUAAGGGAUACAGCCCUGACACACAAUUACAGGAGGCAGAGCAAGCAGCAGAGUUUAAAAAGAGAUGGACACAGUUUAUCAAUGUCUCUUUCCCUUUCACUGAUUCAGUGGGUAGAAUGGCUUACAUCUUACAUGGGCCACAUGUUAAAGUUUCCCACUGCAGUUUCAUCGAUAACAGUAAAAAUGGGCUCAAAAUUUCACUCGUCAUCAAUGAUACUGAGAAAAUAGUUUCUAUAGUAACCAAUCACAAAGACAUAGGGGCACGUUCAAGCUAUCUAGGCUUCGGGGGUCACGCAAAGGUGGAAGACAGACAUCAAAUCAUCCGUUUUGGCUUAGGAAUGCAGCUUGUCCCCAAAAAAUCAAUGAUACACAAUCAUCUGUUUGACUUUGGAUUUAUCAUAAAUAUUGUAGCUGGGGUAAUACUGUGUUUGGCCAUUAUUUUUCUGACCCUACAACGCAAGUUUUAUGUUUGCUUUAUCAGACUGACGCGCUAUGCAUUGCUGUCAGUGUUAAUGUUGUGGAUCACUGAGCUCCUGUUCGUCUCUAACAGUUGCAGUCAGCUCCUGUGCAGGGGCAAGUGGCAAGGAGUUGCCACUGACUCUGAGCUUAGCGAGCAAAUGAGGCUUUAUGAUCAGCAUCAAGUGCCUCUACCCACUGUAGUGAUAACAACAUUACCUGGCUCUGGAUCUGACAUCCUUAAACAUAUUUUCUACAACAACACAGACUUUGUCUACUUGAGCAUCCCUACAGAACACUUGGAUAUACCUGAGACAGAGUUUGAAUUUGAUUCAUUAGUAGAUGCCUGUGAAUGGACAAGGACAGAAGUCCAGCAAGGGCGUUUCAAAAUGAUUCAGGGUUGGCUACAUUCACUGGUCCACAACAUCCACAUAUUCCUGCAAAAUAUCCCGCUGUAUAAAAGCAGCCAUAUUAAUCUGGCCCAAAGAGUGAGUCUCUCCCAGGACAAGAGGAAGAGGCUUAGGAGAAUAGAGUCAAUGGGUGAAAUGAAAGAACGUGUACAAGCUGCUUUAGACAGGGACAUUGAGUAUGUACGAGAUCUGAGGAAGCACACAAAGGACUACCCUAAUGCCCGUGCCGUUCUCAAUCUGUGCAGUGGCAGCUGGGCUCUCAAGCUACCCUUUCUCCAAGAAGUUAUCGGUUCUUCUCUUAGGGCCAUCUAUGUCAUCAGGGACCCCCGCGCAUGGAUCUAUCUGAUGCUGUAUAAUAGCAAACCUAGUCUUUAUUCCCUUAAGAACAUCCCUCAGCACCUAGCUCUUAUUUUCAAACAAGAUAUGGUUAGAGACAGGUGUCCGAACGCAUUUGCAGCAGAGUUUAGGAUGUUGUGGCGCCUCGUAUCCCAUUCAGAGACCAAUCCUGUGUUGUUGCUGGCCCACCUAUGGCUCGCUCACACCGCUGCUGUUCUCAGAAUCACAGCAACUUUAUCUGAGGAGUCCUAUCUUCGAGUCAGGUUUGAGGAUAUUGUAAAUGUUCCUCAAGAGACAGCCGAGAGGAUACACUCUUUCCUGGGAAUCCCUGUAUCACCUUCGGCCUUGAACCAGCUCAUGUUUACCACCUCCACAAACUUGUAUAACCUGAGGUACGAAGGGGACAUAUCAGCAGCCAACAUUAACGUAUGGAGGCAGAACAUGCCAAGGAGAGAUAUAAGACUCAUCGAGGACACGUGUGGGUUCCUGAUGAGACAACUUGGGUAUCACCUGUCCAGUGAAUAAUUAGCUGCAGGCCAGCUCUUGUCAUUAAUCUCCUAUAUUUGUGAUUUUUGUCUUGUAUUUUUGCACUUUUCAGUUGCAAUCAAAUUAAAAGUAAGAUGAAGGAAACAGGCACUAUAAUUGAACUUCAAACUGUGUUUAUGAUUCAAAGAUCUAUCUUGUCCUAGUCAACACAUGAAUUUUUUUUAUUAAAAUGCCUUAAGUAAAUGCCUGUUUUUAUUUUAGUAUUUUGUUUUGUUGUUAUUUUUUUGCGACAACCCACCUUAAGCACUCUUCUUUGGAGUGAUUGCUUUUGAUGUCUAAGGCCAGAUUCACAUAUACUCCAUGAGCAGGGCAUGAGCAGUGUUUUUGUUUCAGCGCCAAUAUUAACAGAUUGCAGCCUUCAUAUUGCAAGCGGGAGACGCGAGGUGUAGCGCCUCAGCCAUGGCAGUUAGUUUUGCCGUUGAGACUAUUUUUUCUGCGUGGCUCACUCUGUACUCAGCAGCACUGAGUGUUGCAGUGAUGGAUCAGGAGAUUUAAAAAAAGACCCAAAACCAAAUGAAAAAUAUUUAAACUAACAUACGAUACACUACAAUUUAUAGGUUUGCAUCAAAACAAACACAAAAUAAAGGAAAGAAUUAAUAAACUGCAUGGCUUUUGCCUGUUAAUGUAUAUGUAGGGAUAUAGUUUAGGCUUUACAACAGUAACCAAUCACGACAAAGUACGCUGAUAAAAAUAAACAAGUGCACUUGACUGCCCACCGUUGUCGUCAAAGCAAAAAUUUACCUCAUGCAUAUUCGCAAGGCCACAACAAUAGACAAUACCCGACUGAUACCCGAGUGGAGGUUGAAUUACGAAGUGCUGUACAACCCUCAGCAUUUAUUAGACAAGGAUUUAUUAGCAAAUGAAAAGCUGUGGAAAGCACUAGCUUCAGCAGUUUUGAGCAGCAUGUUAAUGUUUCAAUUUACUGUUAUGUCUGUCAUGCCUUCAUGUCAUAAAAAUAGAAUCCUAACACAGUUUUGUCAAGUACUUUAAUGAAGAAAUGCCGUUAUUUUAAAUAAUUAUUUUUUUUUGUUUUGUUACUUAUUUAAUCAUUUAUGGGCUGUGGGGCUGGAUGCAAACUCCCGACGCAGGGACACACAACAGUUUCUGUUCUCUGACUGAAUGCAAAUGAUUGAAGCACCCAAUACUGUAUAGGUUGGGGUCAAUGUAAAUUAUUUACCAUUGUGAUGUGGUCCUCAUGUACUUAAUGAUUUCAUGAAGACCAAAUUUGCUAUAUAUAUAUAUAUAUAUAUAUAUAUAUAUAUAU